AUGGCUCGCGACGGAAGCAGCUCACCGGCCAAGCUCGAGCGCGACGAGAGGGCUCCCGUCGUCUCCGUCGGCGCCGCCGCCUACGAGGGCCCCGACCGCAUCAGCUCACUCGCCGACGCGCUGCUCCACCACAUCCUCGUCUUCCUCCCCGUGGUCGAGGCCAUCCGCACCUGCGUGCUCUCCCGCCGCUGGGCCCGCGUCUGGACCGGCCUCCCGCGGCUGCGGCUCGACGACGGCGCGGCGGAGGCCGUUGGCUCCUUCCCGGCCCUCGUCGACGGCGUCCUCCGCCGCUACGACGCCCGCGUGAACCUGCGCGACCUCACCGUCUCGGCGCACGUCGGGGAGGAGGAGGAGCUCGGCGGCCUCGAGAACGACGACGUCGUCUCCCUCGUCGGCGCCGCCGCCCGGCUCGUCACCGGCCGCUUCCGCCUCGACGUGUCGCGCGGGAUCAACAUCUCCGAGGACUACGACGAGGAGGCCAACCUCCUCGCGCUCCCGUGCUUCGAGAGGGCGACGGAGAUCGCCAUCUCCAUCGCCGACAUGGCGGUGCAGCUGGCGCCCGACGACCACCGCGGCCGCACGUUCGCCCACCUGACGAAGCUGCACCUGUCGAACACCUUCGUCGCCGACGAGGGCGAGCUCCUCAGCGAGGUCGUCUCCCAUGGCUGCCCGUGCCUGAAAACCCUCGAGCUCAUCGACAUCCACGCCGGCGCCAGGGAGCUCACCAUCCACACCACCUCGCUCCUGACCCUGUGCGUCGUCUCAAUCAACGACUUGCAACUGCUUGAUGUAGACGCAGCCAAUCUCCGAUGGAUGAAGGUGAAGGAUUGCUUCGACAUCGAUGCGGCGGAGACGGAGGGGUCGGCGAUGUCGCUGUUGACGCCGGCGAUGGAGGAGUUCUACUGGAAGGACUGCUGCCCCGAGGAGGUUAAGCUCGUCAGGGAACCUGCAGGAUUCAUCCACAAGAUCGCAUGCGUCGACUCUGCUUCGACAAAUUUGUCGUUCAUCAGCGGAAGCCAAUCGUUUUAUACUAGGAUCUUGCAGCUGUUCUCGAGCACUUGCACUGAAGUUCUUCAGAUCGAAUUUCCUAUUAAACCGGUACAUAUGAUCUAG